AUGCUGGUCGCGCUCGUGCCCUGCCUCUUCAUCUUGGCGGCGGCCAAUCAAGUUGCACCGGCUCCUGCGCCGUCCCCUUCCGAUCCAACCAAAUGCGACUGCAAUCCAGCCGUACAGGCGGUCAGCGGCGUCUGCAAGCCGUUCAGGCUGCCGACUCCAUGGAGUUGUAUGGUGGAUCCCAAGAACUCUCUGCCAGAAUACCCCCGGCCUCAGCUGAUGCGCCCAGACUACCUGAGCCUCAAUGGUGUUUGGGAAUGGGAACGCGCAGACUCGUGGCAGUCUGGUCCGGUGCCGGUCAACAGGACACUUGAGGGGUCCAUUGUGGUUCCCUACCCACUCGAGGGUGACCUGUCUGGCGUCUUGGACCACAACAAGACUGGCGUGUUCAGGAUGUGGUACCGGCGCAGCUUCCAAGUGGCCAAGGACUGGGCUCUGGGACACAACACAAACGUGCUGCUGCACUUUGGGGCCAUUGACUGGGAGGCCGAGGUCUGGGUGAAUGGAGAGAGGCUUGGCCAGCACCAAGGCGGGUAUGACAAGUUCUACUACGACAUCACAGAGGCGCUGAAGAAGGGGAAUAACGGAACCCACGAGCUGAUAGUGAGGGUCUAUGACCCGACCGAGACAGCGCACAUUCCCACAGGAAAACAGCGUCACUACGUGCCUGACAGAGACAUCUUCUACAAGGGCAGCUCUGGCAUCUGGCAGACUGUGUGGCUCGAGCCGGUGCCUGCCGCGUACGUGACUCGCCUCGACAUGGUUCCAGACAUUGACAGCUCAUCGUUGAAUGUCACAGUUCUCGGGAGCAAGGCCGCGGAAGGCCUGACUGUGCAGAUCGACAUGUACAUUCCGCAGAAUGGCACCGCGGUUGUCUCGGCCCAGGGCAUUGUGGGCAGGCCUCUGAGUGUGACAAUCCCCAAUCAGCGUCUGUGGGCGGGAGUGGCUGACCCUUUCCUGUACGAUGUGCGUGUGAGGAUCCUGCAAACUCCAUCCACCUCGAGCUUUGGCCGCAAGGCCAUGCCUGUCGUGAAUUUGGUCAGCGCCUAUCAUGACGAGGUGAUGAGCUACAUCGGACUGCGAAAAUGGUCCCUUGACAAGGCAGGCGAUAUAAGAGAACUGCGCGUCUACCUUAACAACAAGCCCUUCGUCUUCUUCGGACCCCUGGACCAGGGAUACCACCCAGACGGCAUCUACACGGCAGCCACGGAUGAGGCCCUGGCGUGGGACCUUGAGGCAAUCAAGGCGUUGGGCAUGAACAUGGUCCGCAAACACAUCAAGGUGGAGUCAGACCGCUGGUACUACCACGCCGACAGGCUUGGGUUGAUGGUGUGGCAAGACGCGGUGUCCAUGUUCUGGGAGAAGCCGUACACUGAGGGCGAGCAGUUUCGGACUGCAGGGGUGAAGGCCCAGUUCGAGCUGGAAAUGCGUCGCAUGAUUGAGGAGCACGUGUCGUCGCCAUCGGUGGGAAUCUACACGGUCUUCAACGAGGGCUGGGGCCAGUUUGACACCCAGCGGAUGGUGCAGCUUGGCAAAUCACUCGACCCCUCUCGACUGUGGGACGCUGCCUCCGGCUGGAUUGACCCCCAGGACAGGACAGCCUUUGGGGAUUUCAACAACAAGGGCCCCUGGAUGUACCACUAUAAGGGCUACGUCGGGGACUUGCGCGACGACCACAACUAUCCGGAUGCAAAGGCCUCGGGAGCAACUUCGACUCGCGCGAACGUUGCUGGGGAAUACGGCGGCCUUGGCUUGUUCACUACGGGCCACACAUGGGUGGAUAGCCGCGACAAAGAUCGGUUCAUCGGGGGUCUCCACCAUGUGAGGGACUUGGUCAAGAGCAGCUCCGGACUGAGCGGGGCCGUCUACACAGAGAUCACAGACGUGGAGGACGAAGUGAAUGGCCUGUACACCUAUGACCGCCAGGUGUUCAAGAUGCCUGAUUUGGAGGCUGUGCAGAAGGAGAUCAAGGACUUACUUUCCACGGAUGUGAACUAG